GAUGUGACCCGCAAACCCGGAAGUAUCCGGCGUAUGGGUUAGAAUAAGCUUAUUUCGGCUGCUGAACACUGGAGUGUAUAGUAUUUAUGAUGAAAUGUAUAGAAUGCGGAGUCAUUUUCCUUUCCUUUAUGUCUUAUCGCCGUAUAACGCAUGUAAAGCGCGAGCACAAGAGUACAGUAGCUUGACAGGAGUACAGAGGGGCGGGGCUACGGUGCGCAGGCGCAGCUCAGGCCGGUUCAGUUGUGUUGUGCUCAAUGAGGCGGUUGUAGCGGCGCCAGAGAGCUGAGGAAGAGUCAGAUACUGAUUAUGUCUCGGAAAAUGAGCAGAAAAGUAAAUAUCUCCAGCUCCCUGGAGUCUGAGGACAUCAGCCUGGAAACGACGGUGCCCACAGAUGACAUUUCCUCAUCCGAGGAGCGCAACGGUUCUCCUAAAAUCACUCGACAGCUGAUUGAAAGGAAGGAGCUUCUUCACAAUCUUCAGCUUUUGAAGAUCGAGCUGUCCCAAAAGAACCUGAUGAUUGACAACCUGAAAGGAGAAUACCUGACCAAGAUUGAGGAGCUUGAAGAGAAACUGAACGACACCGUUCAUCAGAAGCAGUUGCUGGCUUUAAGACUUGAAACACAAACCAAAAUCCAACAGGAAGAUACGAGAAAACAUCAAGAACAAAUGAAGAAAGAAAUGGAAACAAUACUGUCCAGGCUCAAACAAUCAGAAGAAACAAAUCGUCAGCUGCGAGAGCGUGCAGGGAGCAUACGGCGUAGCUUACGUGACCUGCAGUUAACGAAGGAAACCUAUGACAAUCUGCGUGGCCUUCCUGAGGACCAGCUCUCGAUUCCUGAAUAUGUAUCCGUCCGUUUCUUUGAAGAGGUCCAACCACUGAAAACUAAAAUAAGUGAUCUUCAAAUGAAGAAUGACCAGCAGUCUGAGGAGAUGAACGGAUACAAGCAGCAGCUUAAGGGUCUGCUCGAGAGUUAUGAAGAGGAGAGGAGAUGCCGCUCUGAACUGGAUACCAGAUGCCAGCGGCUGACCCUGCAGCUGGCUGACACCAAACAGCUCAUUCACCAGGGGGACUUUAAGAUAGAAAAUUAUGACAAAGUGAAAAGUGAACGUGACAUGUUUGAACGGGAAUUAUUAGAACUCAGGAGACGUUGUGAAAUCCUGGACGCUACAAAUAAGACACAAUUAAAGGAAAGAAAUGAUUUAGCCCUGGAUGUCAGCACAUUGCGACAAUCUGUAUCCCUGCUGCAAAAAGAUAAAGAAUUUCUGAACCGACAGAACAUGGAACUGAAUGUCCGCUGUGCCCAUGAAGAGGACCGCUUGGAGAGACUUCAAAGCCAGCUGGAAGAUGCCAAAAAAGCAAGAGAAGAACUGUAUGAGAAAUAUGUUGCUUCUAGAGACCAUUAUAAAACAGAAUAUGAAAAUAAACUACGCGAUGAAUUGGAACAAAUUAGACUGAAGACAAAUCAAGAAAUUGAACAAUUACGUGGAGCAUCAAAGGAGAUGUACGAGCGAGAAAACAGGAAUUUAAGGGAAGCAAAGGACAAUGCGGUUUCUGAAAAAGAUCGAGCAGUUGCAGCCGAAAGAGAGGCUCUGGCGAAAUAUGACCAGAUCCUAGAACAGUAUAGACAGUUACAACUGGGUACCGAGGGCAAAAUGUCUGAGCUUCUCCAUCAGGCCAAGAUUAAAUCAUUUGAGGCUGAACGUGCCCACAUGGUAUUGGAGGAGACCACAGACAACCUACAGAAAUGCCAACUAGAGUGUGAGAAGUAUCAGAAAAAGCUAGAGGUUUUAACAAAAGAAUUUUACGCUCUCCAAGCCUCCACAGAAAAGCGAGUUACAGAGUUACAGGCUCAGAAUUCUGAACUACGAGUUAGGCUAGAGACAUAUGAAAAGCUGGAGCAGGAAUUGGAUGAGGUCAUAAUUCAGACUGCGCAAAUGGAAGAUGAAGCUGAAGCCGAAAGAGUUUUGUUUUCUUAUGGAUAUGGAGCCAACGUCCCUACUACAGCUAAACGGAGGCUAAAGCAAAGUGUGCACCUGGCAAGAAGACUUCUUCAGCUAGAGCGACAAAAUUCCUCUCUGAUUAAGGAUUUAGAGCGCCAGAAGGAGCAGACUGGAAAAUUGUCACUGGAAUUGGAUAGAACAAACUCCCUCCUAAGUCAAGUUCACCAGCCGUACCAAUACCUCAUCGAAUCUGUGCGUCAACGAGAUACCCAAAUAGAUUCUCUUAAGGACCAGAUGUCAAAGCUUGAGAAAGAUGUCAGUAAGUUAAAUAAAGAGAAGUCUUCUCUACUCCGUGUCAAAAACCAAAUGGCAGCAGAUUUGGAGAAGCUUCUAAAUCAGCGAGAGGAGUUGGCUGAAAUGAAGCAAGUCUUACUUGGUCUUAAGAAUAAGAGACCAGUGGAAGAUUUCCUUCGCUCUAAAGAACAUGUGAGGAAUCGUGCAACUAAAGGGAAAUCUUCAUCAGCAGAACCUGCAUUUCAGGCCCGCCAGGACGAGAACAUAUUUAUACCUCAACCAACUGUGUUUACAAAGAAAGAAGCUCCAGAAUGGUACAAACGAUGAGGAAGACGACACAGAAGCCUUUUAUUUCUAUUUUAUUUAAUCAUGUGAUGUGUUAUUUUUUUACUACUUUUUAUUUAAAACUUUUAAGAACGCGUGUAAUAAAU